AUGCAAGGGCUGACGGGUGAUCUGCGCCGUGUUAUCAGUACACCAUUGCACAACAACUUUUCCCUACGCAUUCACUUACUUGGAUACGAUGGCACAUUGAGCGAUGUUGCGCUUGAAAUUUCACUGAUCAAAUCAAGACUGACCUUAAUCUUGGGACCGUUCGGAAGUCGUCGACUGCUCUUUCAGAUCGGUUACUGGGAACAGCUCACCGAUGUUCACGUCAAUAUGUCGCAUGAUUCAAGAGCACAGUGGCAGCGGAAUGUGCAAGUAUCCGACGAGUUGAAACCUCAUUUUCGGGUGACAACCAUCAUGGAACGACCAUAUGUUAUGCUAAAAAAGAACUGGCAAGAGAUGGAACCAAAUUCACGACUGGAAGGAUUUUGCAUCGAUUUGUUAGCCGAACUAUCCCGAGAUCUCGGCUUUACAUUUACCAUUCAUGUUGUGAAGGAUCAGAAUUAUGGGAAUGAUGUGGAUGGGAAUGGUACUUGGGAUGGUAUGAUCGGUGAAAUACUGCGAGGGGUAAGUACUCUCGAAAACUUGAGAAAAGGAAAAUAA